GGAGCGGCUCGAAACUCCCAUAUAAAUAGAUGGACAGCGGGGUCUAUGCUCAGUGCAGGUCUGUCAACGCGUAACGCGAGAUCAUCAAUUAACACGUAGUGCUCAGUCAAGGAGUCCUCAACUUAAACCGCAAUCACAAUGAAAUUCUUGCUUUUGACCGUGUUCGUUUGCCUGGCUGUGUGCUUCAUGGCAACCAGUGCUGUGCCCGUGGAGGAGGCCAUACCCGAGGGCAUUGAGGGUCCCGGCAGCGAGCCCAUCAGCCCCACCGACGAUCAGUCUUUCCUGCUGAAGCUGAAGCUGCUCAAGAAACUGCUCUUCCUGGGUUAAUUGCCGAGAUUAAAUGGACUUUUAGCAUAUUUUGUUUCUAGUUUUUAAGAAUGAUAUUAAAAAAAAAACAAAAUUUUAAA